CACACCAUUGAUCCCAACAACCAAAGAAAAUCACACAACUCUCAAGCUUGUCCAAAAAAAUGGGCUUCAAGUUGUCUCAAACCAAAGACAAGCUAAGAAGGACAAUAUCUCUCACCAAAGGAAGCCGCAACAACAACAACAACGACGACAACAUGGUACACAACGAGAUUGUCCCUAAGGGCCAUUUCCCGGUGUACGUUGGCGAAAUGCACGCGCGAUACGUGAUCCCUAUUGCGUACUUGAACCACCCCUUGUUUCAAAAUCUAUUGCAUUUGGCCGAGGAAGAAUUCGGAUAUGAUCAUCCAUUGGGAGGCCUCACCAUUCCUUGCGAUCAAGAUUACUUCCUUAGCUUGACUUCUCAACUUAGUACCUCUUCCCAUAUGCCACUCUCUUUGUAAUGAUCAUCUACUUUGUCUUCAACAUGGUGUACCCGAUAUAUAUGUAGUAGCUAGAUAGGGUCGAUUGGUUGGGGUCAAAGGGAUUGAAACUAGGAAAGAUCCAUCAAUUUUGGCAAUGAAGAACGAAUCAUUGAUGUUCUUUCAAUUGGCUCUAGUAGUAUAGUACGAUGUAAAUUUUGUGGAUCAGAUAUGAAUAUAUAUGCGGUCUUUCAUAUUAUA